CACAUUUUUUUCGUCUUUGGCACCACAGUGGGGCAAAAGUGGGUGGCGUGUGGUUUUUGGUGUCCGAAUGAUGCAAGGAGACAUAAUGUCCAAGUACCACAUCAUGUCGAUGGUGGAGAAGGACGUGAAAGGUUCGGUGAAGUCUGAAUUGGAAGAUGGCUCCUUAUCGGCGAUCGGCGUGCCGAGGAUUCGACUGGAAGAGCAGACAUUGUGGAAAAAGUUCAACACCUUGACGAACGAGAUGAUCGUCACGAAAAACGGCAGGAGAAUGUUCCCAGUUGUCAAAGUUUCCAUUUCUGGCUUGGAUCCCUCGGCCAUGUACUCAGUGCUCCUGGAGUUUGUGCAAAUUGACAAUAAUCGGUGGAAAUACGUGAACGGGGAAUGGGUACCGGGUGGCAAAAGCGAACCACAACCUCAGUGUUCAGUUUACGUGCACCCGGAAAGCCCCAAUUUCGGUGCCCACUGGACCAAGGACCCGGUUUCUUUCGCUAAGGUCAAAUUGACCAACAAGACAAAUGGCUGCGGCCAGAUUGUGCUGAAUUCGUUGCAAAAAUACGAGCCCCGGUUGCACAUAGUCGAGGUGAACAGUGGGGAUCAGCGAUGCAUUUCUUCGCACCCAUUGCCGGAUACACAGUUCAUCGCCGUGACUGCCUACCAGAAUGAAGAGGUGACAGCUUUGAAAAUAAAACACAAUCCGUUUGCAAAGGCAUUUCUGGACACAAAGGAGAGGUCGGAUUCCAUGCCGGGUCGGGACAUGGUCCAAUUUUCUUCUCAGUGUCAAUACACCCCGUGGUUCCUGGGGGUGCCGAGCGCCGGAGGAGCAAUGGGAGGCGGCGGUGGAAGCCCCGGGGUGUCUUCUGGCGGCGCCGGAGUGGCGCCUGGGCACCCGCACCACCACCACCACCACCACCACCCUCACCACCACGCAGCGGUGCACCACCAGGUGGCUGCUGGGCCAGCGGCGCCGGAUCGUGGUUAUCCGAGCCACCACUCUUUGAGAUCCUUUCGCCAUUCGCCGUACCAACCGGCGCCGGUCCGGCGCCACUCGUCCGGCAUGUCGGCGCCCAAUGAUGGAUUAUUUCACACUCAAGACGGGUUGGCAACAGUUGAUGGAAGCAAUAAAUUUCACGGGGUUUCCAAUUUGCUGCAUGAAACUUGGAGUCCCAGUGCGGCUUCUAAUCUAGGAUGGACGACUACUAUGACGUCCAUGACCCAUAACCAGCAUGCGGAGUUUGAAGCGACAUCUACGCGGUCCGAAGAAAACUUUGGAGCGCUCGUUCAAUUGAACCCCCACGCGCUGCAUCCGUUAUUUUUUCGUCUGUUCUAUUAUUUUGUCGGUGUAACUGGAUUGUUUCACACUCAAGACGGGUUGGCAACAGUUGAUGGAAGCAAUAAAUUUCACGGGGUUUCCAAUUUGCUGCAUGAAACUUGGAGUCCCAGUGCGGCUUCUAAUCUAGGAUGGACGACAACUAUGACAUCCAUGACCCAUAACCAGGUGUCCCCUUGUGGACCUAUUUCAUCGCCAAUACCUUAUCAUCAGUGGCAGGGGCUCGAUAUGACUCCACUUGCGAUCUCCACACCACCACCAAGCACCAUUUCUGGUCUGCAGUCUUUUGCGCCGGCUCUAGUGACAUCUGUCGGAUCAGCGACGCACCACGUGAUUGGCUACCAGCCAGCAGCAGCCGGAACUGGACUCAAGCCACCCGAGUCCCCCAUGUACACUUCCGGCUCGUCCCCGGAACCCUUCCCCGCUGCCCCGCCCAUGGACGACGUGCCCCAACAACAACAACAACAACAACUGACCCAUUUGCAAACAACGUCGCCGUUUGCUGCGACGGACGGUGAUUACAGCACGUCUGCCGCCGGCGGUGAUAAUGGCGCCAGAGAGUCGCCGACGUUUGGUCGCGGGUCGCCGACUGUGGCGCCGGUGGCGCCUGACCAACAGCACCACCACCACCAGCAGCAGCAGCAGCAGAGGGACCACUGGAGCCCCAUCAGCCCCCCCGGGUACUCUGUGUGAAAAGGGGAAAUGAAUGAUUUUAAACAGAGCGAAAGACGAGGAGCACAGGGAAAUGUUUUUCUCCCCCUUUUUUGCCUUGCCGAUGAAAGAGAGUGUGCGUGAGUGGAAACAUUCUUUCUGUUUCUGUUUGUUUUUUGAAAAUGUGUCUUUAUUUUUGGGUUACAUCCUAUAGAUGUUAUGAAAAUUUGCAAAAACAAAAACAAAAAAUUCGUUGAUAAAUUGGCAAAAAUGUACGCGGUGGACCAGAGUUGGGACAACUUUCUGAAACUGAUUCCUCCCCCCAAAAUCGAUAAGAAAAGGCAGAAAACUUAUUUUGAUUUUGCAGAAUUUGAGAAUUUUUUUUCUGAAAGAAUAAUUAAGCUUGAUUGGUGUCGAUUGAAUUUAUUUAUAGACAUUGUUUUUUUUCUAAGUAAAGAACUGCCCUAUUUAAAAUUCCCGGUUUAUCCCUGGCCUAUAUUCCAUAAAAGUUGAAUGCGUUUUAAGCCUCCUGAACUCAAAACUUUGUUAUUUUUUAUGUAAUCUUCCAUAGUUUAUAAAUUUCCGUAUAGCUUUUUAUGCUGUAAAACUCGGGAUAAAU